UCCAUGAGCUGACGGGACUCUCCCCCUCAACUCUGGCCUGUCCCAGUGUCCCAGGCCGGGAUCUCCCCUCCCAGUGUGUGUUGGACGGGGGCGCUGAGGCGGUGGCCGGGCCCUGUCUGAGGAAGAGGGUGGGGCGUGGGCUAAGGCCGACCAAUAAAAGAGAAGGAGGCUACGAUUGGCGGCGAUGAGCACUAAUAGGAGAUCGUCUUUACCUUGCGGAGUGCCGCCCCCUUCUCUCUUUCCUCCCGCCUCCUUCCUUUGGGGGGGGAAGGCGGGGCCAGAGGCCUGAAGUGUGGGGAGAACUUGGGCUCCGCUCUGCUUUAUGAAAUAUGGGAGACGACAGACCGUUUGUGUGCAAUGCCCCGGGCUGUGGACAGAGAUUUACAAAUGAGGACCACCUGGCAGUUCAUAAACACAAGCAUGAGAUGACAUUGAAAUUUGGCCCAGCCCGAACUGACUCAGUCAUCAUUGCAGAUCAAACUCCUACUCCGACUAGAUUCCUGAAGAACUGUGAAGAGGUGGGACUCUUCAAUGAACUAGCUAGCUCCUUUGAACAUGAAUUCAAGAAAGCUGCAGAUGAGGAUGAAAAAAAGGCUGCUUCUGGGCCCCUUGACAUGUCUCUGCCUUCUACACCAGACAUCAAAAUCAAAGAAGAAGAGCCAGUGGAGGUGGACUCAUCCCCACCUGACAGCCCUGCCUCUAGCCCCUGCUCCCCACCACUCAAGCAGAAGGAGGUUGCUCCAAAGCCUGUUGUGAUCUCUACUCCCACGCCCACCAUCGUGCGCCCUGGCUCCCUGCCUCUCCACCUGGGCUAUGAUCCACUUCACCCAACCCUUCCCUCCCCAACCUCUGUCAUCACACAAGCUCCACCAUCCAACAGGCAGCUGGGGUCUCCCACUGGCUCCCUCCCUCUCGUCAUGCAUCUUGCUAAUGGACAGACCAUGCCUGUGCUGCCAGGGCCUCCGGUACAGAUGCCUUCUGUUAUAUCGCUGGCCAGACCUGUGUCUAUGGUGCCCAACAUUCCUGGUAUCCCUGGCCCACCCGUGAACAGCAGUGGUUCCAUUUCUCCCUCUGGCCACCCUAUGCCAUCAGAAGCCAAGAUGAGACUAAAAGCUACCCUAACCCACCAAGUCUCCUCAAUCAAUGGUGGUUGUGGAAUGGUGGUGGGUACUGCCAGCACCAUGGUGACGGCUCGUCCAGAGCAAAGCCAGAUCCUCAUCCAGCACCCUGAUGCCCCAUCCCCUGCCCAGCCACAGGUCUCACCAGCCCAGCCCACUCCUAGUACUGGAGGGCGGCGGCGGCGCACAGUGGAUGAAGAUCCGGAUGAGCGGCGGCAGCGCUUUCUGGAACGCAACCGGGCCGCAGCCUCCCGCUGCCGUCAAAAGCGGAAGCUCUGGGUGUCCUCCCUAGAGAAGAAGGCAGAGGAACUCACUUCUCAGAACAUUCAGCUGAGUAAUGAAGUCACGUUACUACGCAAUGAGGUGGCUCAGUUGAAACAGCUACUGUUAGCUCAUAAAGACUGCCCAGUCACGGCACUACAGAAAAAGACCCAAGGCUAUUUAGAAAGCCCCAAGGAAAGCUCAGAGCCAACGGGUUCUCCGGCCCCCGUGAUUCAGCACAGCUCAGCAACAGCCCCUAGCAAUGGCCUCAGCGUUCGCUCUGCAGCUGAAGCUGUGGCCACCUCAGUCCUCACUCAGAUGGCCAGCCAAAGGACAGAACUGAGCAUGCCGAUACAGUCGCAUGUGAUCAUGACCCCACAGUCUCAGUCUGCGGGCAGAUGAUGCCUCCCCGGGUGGAGAGGUCCCCAGCCAGAGCUCGCCCGCCCAAGAGCCAAGAGAGAUGUCAUCUUACCCUCGCCCGUCUGCCUGGGACAUGGCAGUGUCGGGGGGAAAUUGUGUGUUGUGAGUAAUGGUCACGUGUGGGGCUUUUCUCACACGGUCAUGUACGUUGACACCUAUACUAGGAGCCUCCCAGCCCCAGAGCCACAUAGAUCAUCCCCGAGGGGGAAGUUUCUGAUGUACCCACAGCCAGAGGCCUUUCCAGAUGGUCCGAACAAUCAUCCCUGCCCGUGCACGUGUACCUGUCUCUUUUAACACUAACCCUUGCACUUCUGGGUGUUGGGUUUCUCAGUUCCCUGUCUUCCCACUAAGCCAUGGCUGUUACCUUCUUGAUCCUUAGCAGCAUGCCACUUCCUGCUAGGUAGAGGGAGGCUAGAGUUGAUGGCAUAUCACCAGCUGACCCAUCCCCAGCCACCCCACAGACUCAGGACAUUGUCUCCCAGUAGCUGCUUGUUUAUCCCUUGUCCCCCUUCCUAAAUUCUAGUUAAAACAUUUACUUAUGGAGAAUGUAAGAUUGCCUUUGAUGUAUGAAGUAGCGGUAUUUCCCAGCUCUUCCAGAAACUUUAGUUCUUCUCCCUACCUGCCACCAAAACAAAAACAAAGAAAUGAAAGCUCCAAAGUUCUAGUCCUUUUUCAUCAGUUUUCAGAGUUAUUUGGAAACCUCAUGUUGUCUUUUGAGUUUUCCCAGCCUGAUGGUGGGGUCUCUUCCACCUCCCACUAAGCCUGGGCAACCUCACUUUGUGGCCUUAUUAGAUGUUGCUUGGUAGCGAAACAGGAAAGAGCCUGGGAUCUGAUGGCUGAUUUCCUCUCGCUCCUCGCUCCAUCCUCCGUCAGUUCUAGUCAUCAGGACAGGCAGGAACAAUGCAGUUUAAAGCUCCUUCCAUCAAGUUACUAGAUCGAUGCUUUUAUGCUUUACAAGAGUUUGCUGGCCAACACAUACAUGUUCCUUUUGGUCAUCUCUCCGUUCCUGCCUCUCCCUCUUCAUCCCCCGUCCACACUCCGGCCUUUGUCUCUCUUCAGAGCGACCCUGUGGAGGCUGCCACGUAGGGGACCCUCGCACUCCCUUGCUCCCCGCCUCUCUCAGUCUCCCCCGUCUGUCUUCUUUUCUGAGCGAGGGUCUUUUAUUUGCAAGAGUCCCUCACCCUCUGGACCUACCUUCUCUCUCAUUCACCAGGCCCUGAGCCUAGCCACCAGGUCUCUCUGGCUCUGUAGUGUUUCUUUAGCUCUUUUCUGCUCUCUGCCUCCUGGAUGCAAUGCUUCUCCACAGCCCAAGCCCUGGGACUGUGAGGCAUCAUGGCCAGGAGUGAGUUUUCUUGAGUAUGAGGUCGGAUGGGGGAGGCAGGGGAAAGGGAGGCGUGGAGUGCGGAUGUCAGCAGAAGAGCCCUGCUUUGGUGAAGGGUCUGGUCUGCCCUGGAAAUUGGCGAUUAUUGGUCUCAGCCAUUCUUACUUUGAGAAGUAGGGUUAUUACAAGGGGAAGAAUUCAUCUGUCUAGUCCCUCUUUCUUCCCCAUUAAGAUGUCUCAUCUUUUGGCUCUGAAUGUGCAGUUUCUACCAAGGCCAUAGGAAGCAGUCCAAAGCCAGAGGCCUGUGGAUAGAUAGGUCAGCUUUAAUAGCCCUUCAGUAUGAAACCCUUCCAGUUGUCCCUGAGCCACUUUCUGCCAUCUGCCCAAGCCAAUAAUGUCCUUUUCUUUCUCUCUCUUUCCUACCUCUGUCUUAUACAUGCACUCAAAAUAACUGCCAGCUUCCUUUCUUAUUUUGUCUUCCAAAGUUGGCUAUCAUAGAGGAGUGAGGAAUUGUUCUAAGUGCCACGAUUUCCAUCUCAGACUGAUAAACUGGCAAGCCAGUCAGAUGACAGGUUCUGCCGCAUUUGUUUUUAAUCCCCCCCUCCCCCGACGCUUUUCAGAGCAGGUGCUGAAGAAGCCACACCUGGUGAAGAGAAAGGAGAGAAAACGUGGUUUUCUCACCCUCCCCCACCCAGGACCCAACAGGAACAGCCCCGAGGUGACUCAGGCCCGCAAAUGGCGUGGCAGAUGGUCAGGAUGCUGGUUACCCCCUCCGGGACUCCACUUGCCUUUAAAACUUCACAGCCAUAAUUCGUGCUCAGGACUUUGCCUUUAGACGGCUGCUCCCUGGGAUUUUCUCCUGCCUUAGUUGUGUUUCAUUUUUUAUUAUCUUGAUUUUCCACUAGCAGCCUUGCCCUAAAGCUUGACUGAGUUUAUGGCUCCUAAGGAGCCUUCAUAAGACCCUUGACUAUUUUUCUUCCCCUUUCAGUCAAGUGUUUUUCAAGUUAAGAAUCAUUUGUCACUGCACACAUGCCCAGCCUCACUGCUUGGCCUCAGAGGUAGUUUGGCCAGUCUGUCUGUCCCUGUGUAGGACGACUAAUUUAUGUACAGGGUCUUCUUAGUUUCUCAGUCCUCGUGUCUAAUUCCUUGAGUCCUUGUUUCAUUUUCAUCAGUGGGAAAUUAGUAUUGGGGACCUGAAGGGCAUUGGCAGAACUUUAGUAGUAAAGCAGCAGUGAAAUGAGGAAGGAGCGUGACGGGAUCCCCACCUCCGCCUCCGCCCCCGCCCCCGCCCCCACCCCCAGGCAGCUCUUCGUUGGUCCUUGAUCUCACUAAGAAGGCGGAGCAGUUGCUUGCCCCAAAGCCUCUCCUAUAGUCAAGGGGAAGACAUUUACCUUAUUACUGCAGCCAGCCGUGUGGCCACUCCCCCUGCUCUUUGCCUUCCAGACUCAUCUAGACAACCAAACAUCAUGGAGGUAAGGACCAUGGCCUUUCUAGGGCCUGAGGGAAGGUACUUUCUGGGGCUGGGAGUGCGGAUGACUUGGGACUCUUCUAAAUGAACACAGGACUCAGACCUCCGACUUUACUCCAGGGACACAGCUGCCUAGGAUACAGCCAGAGACCCAAGGCCAUAGAGAAAGGGGCCAGAACCAGGUCUUCUGGUCCACAGACUUUAGGCUCUAUUGUCUUAAAAGAAAGCUUGCUUAGAGUUGAAAAGUCUGAGAAAGCCUCCCACACCAUCAGGAAGGGCUGGGCAGAGUAGGACCUUCUUUAUCUUCCCCUGUUCAUCGUACACCCCACAUCUGACGUCCUUCAGCCUCCGCUCCUUUCCUUGGUCGUAAGCCCUAGAUUGUACCCUCUUGGUGGCGGUAAAAGAGGAGAUGGCCUUGCUGAACCUCGUUUUGCUGCCUUCUCUACGCCUGUUCUGUUGUUCUUGGUUCCUUUCCUGAUUCACUGCCCUUCAGCACCUCUCUGCCUCUCAGUAGACAGGGUGCUUAACCAUAACCACGCCCCACCCACAGCCUGAACCACCAGGCAGACACCAAAAUCCUCCUCCUCUGGCUCCUGAGGCCCCCCCUGUGUUCACCCACACUGAGAGGCUCCUUUAAAGGUGCUAGCCUAAGACAGCUCUUCCUCACCAAGUCCCCUUUUCUCUCAUAGCUUCCUUCCCAUCCCCAAAUCAUAAUUUUUCAUGAAUAUUGUACAUUGUAUACACAGAAAGGAAAUGUAUUCUUUUUUUUUUUAAUGUCAUAACCAGUCUGUUUAGAACCCAGUCCUCCUAGCUAUAUAUCACAUAUGCCUUUGUUGAUAUGCUCUUUCUGCUUUCUUUAGACUUUUGUUUGACAGGGGCAGAGGGACGAGCAGGACAGGUGAGGAUCCUAAGGCAGAUUAGAGGACCCCCGCCCAUCCUACUUCAGCUUCCCACAAGCCUAAUCAUCCCCCUCAUAGAAUAGGCGGGAUCUCUCUGUUUCUCUGUGCACACAGACAUAAAUCCCACCACCCCCAGGUGGUGACCCAGCAGGAAUGAGCACAGGUGGCCCACAUCCCCACCCUCCACGCCAGUUCAUUCGUCUCUCUCUCUCUGGGGGAACGUUCUUCCCCAGGAUGAGAAAAGGCUGCGGAGAGCAGGGCAGCUUCAGGCAGCUUAUGUCCUAGUCGAUGCAGGUUUGUAUUGUAGCUGCUAGGGUUUAUUUUACCUUUUUAACGGGGACUGGGAGCACAGAGCUAUCUCAUCAGCAUCGGUUACUGGUGAGGGAUGUUUAGCUGUAAGAAAUGGCCGUGAGCACUAGUGACAUUGACUUCCCCUUAGGGCAGUGGUCCUCAGAAUGUGGUCCGGGACCAGCAGGACCGUCACCUGGGAACCUGUUAGAAAUGCACAUUUCUGGGCCCCACCUCGGACAUAAUGGAUCGGAAACUCUGAGGAUGGGCUCUAACAAGCACUCAAAGUGAUUCUAACGCACACUAAAGUUUGAGAACCAUCACCUUAGGGGCAAGCUGGGAAAUGCUUAUAGGGUAUCAAGGAUAUUUUAAGUACCAUCCUCUGCCUUAGCACUAACAUGUUUUUCCAUUUCCUCCGGACUCUCCCUCCACUCCCAUUAAAACAACAACAGCAUCACUCAUCUCAAAAUCUAGGUUCACCUUCCUCUACAUACCCCUGAAACCUGUCCUACGUGGGCCUGGACAGGACUUGUCUCAUAUUCCCUUGCAAACUGGUCACUCCAUGUCCUUUGUUACAGGAAGGACCAGCUGCCCUGUUCUCCCACCCCUUACACACCUUUCAGGCAGGGAGAUGAGCCUCCAGCCCCCACAGUGGAGGCUGCAGCCUCCUGACAUAGUAUCUAUUGAAAAGAAAGCUGUGCGUCUAUGGCUAUAUCUCUGUUCAUCUGUAUAUCUUUGACAUGUGGCAACACCUCUUCAUCUCAUCAAGGAUCUUGACUCUGGGUCUGGGUCUCCCCAGCCCCCAGCGGUGGGCUUUGACGGGUGGGAGGAUGCAGUGCUACAGGCUGUUUUGUUACAAAACUGUCUGCUCCCUUUCCCCACCAUCCACUUCAGCACGAUCCCUGUGAGCAGGCUCUCACAGUCUCCCGGGACAGGGCUGAGGCAGAAGCUUCGCUCUAUUCUCCCUGGCCGUCCCUCCCCCUUGCCCUUGCCACAUAGCAGUUAUCCCCCCAGCCAUGCCUUCUCCCCUCUCCCUUGCCCUGACAUAUAUUGUGCCUUAUUUAUGCUGCAAAUGUAACAUUAAACUAUCAAGAGAACCACUUCUGUCUGAUGCUUCCGUAUGCUGAUCUACAAGCCCCGUUAUCCACUCUUUCUGGGAACUCAUUGGCUUUCAUGUCUGUGAUCUUCAUGCUCCCACUUCUUAGGACAGAAGGAACUGGCAUUCUUACCCGUCCUUUUUAUGCAGGGAAGACACAGCCUAGAGAAGGUGGGUGGUUUAUAUAAAUGACAUAACACAACAGAAGGCUCAGAUCUGUGCACUGCCCUGGGGACAGGGGCCCUCAGCAUCACGGGAGCCCUCCCUAGAGAAAUUGUAUACUUUGGAUGGGGGUGGAGGGCAUCUGAAGGCAGGUAGCCUCCUACCUUUCAGCAUUUUGUCCCCACCGUCCUCCCAGUGAUUAAAAAACAAUAAGCCCAACCCUCAAGAAGUUUCCGGCAUGUCUGAGGCGUGCCCGCAGACAUAGAUAAAAGGAGAAGCACCCUAUGAUUCUCUAAGUUUCUGUGGGUGUGGAGAGGAGGUGGGUUUGGAAAUGAGGGGUGGAGCGUAUUCAGAAGCAGGUAAGAGAAUUCACCAGGAAAAACAGGUAGUGCUCAGGAACUAUGGGGAGGCAGAGGGCAGUCUGUCCUCCUUUCUUGCAUCUGUGUAUUCCUUGCUGCUUCUCACACAUGCAGAAGGUGGCCAGGCUGAAAAGCUUGAUCAGGAGAGAGCCAGGUGCCUCGGAGGGGCUUCCAGGGGGCGAGAGUUGAUUUAGAUGCUGUCUGUGGCUGGUGUUGGGUAUAACUGACACAAACAGGGAGCCCCGGUCUCCUCUAGGGGAGUGGGAAAGGCGGCGGUAGUCUCCCUUGUGUUGUGGUCAGGAGCACAUGAGAGUCCAGAGAACAGGAAAUGCAGUUGCUCAAAACUGAAUACCAAAGCCAAGAUGGAGAGGUUUGGGAGGCGGGGAUGAGACUCCCAAGGCAGGAUGGUUUCCCAAGUUAGAAGAAUUAACCCAUUCCAACUUCUAACAAAAGGAAAAACCAGUCACCUCCACCCUGGACACAGGAAGCAGCUGGACCAACCCCUUUCUGAAUGCAGCCUCAGCUCAGAUCCACUUGCAACCAGUGAUGAGACAAAUAACGGGUUCUUGUGUGCCUGCUCUCUGCUAGGUGGAGUGCUGGAAGAAAUGCUCGAUGCUUUCCCUUCCUCGAGUUUUUCACUGUUUACAAAGCCUCUUGAUAACAGGAAUAGAUUCCUCACUGUAUUGAUGAUGAGUGAGGUUUAGGUUGAGACCCUUACCCAAGGCGCUCAGCUGGACUAAGACAGUUCUGACUCCAGAGCUGCUCUGCAGCACCGCACCCUGCCUCACACCCUGCUCCUCUGAACGCCAUCAGAUAAGAAUGGAUAAGGACCUUGGAGUUCCCUUCGUGGCGCAGUGGUUAACGAAUCCGACUAGGAACCAUGAGGUUGCGGGUUCGAUCCCUGGCCUCGCUCAGUGGGUUAAGGAUCUGGUGUUGCUGUGAGCUGUGAUGUAGGUCGCAGACACGGCUUGGAUCCCGCGUUGCUGUGGCUCUGGCGGAGGCCGGCAGCAACAGCUCCGGUUAGACCCCUAGCCUGGGAACCUCCAUAUGCUGCGGAGCAGCCCUAGAAAAGGCAAAAAGACAAGAAAAAAGAAUGGAUAAGGACCUCAUUGUGGAGCAGGAUCCAUUUCCACAGAAGAACCAUCUACCCAUCUGCCUGAUACUGCUUUUUUGGUUUGGUUUGGUUUUGCCACAGGCUGAAGUGGCUUGAUGUGGGAGCUCAGUUCCCAGACCAGGGAUUGAACCCGAGCUGCAACAGUAGAAGCACCAAAUCCUAACCACUAGGCCACCAGGGAACUCCCCAAUACUCCCUUUUAUUUUGUGUGUUUGCUUUUUCUUUUUAAGGGCUGCCAUCUGCAGCAUAUGGAGCUUCCCAGGCUAGGGGUAGAACGGGAGCUGUAGCUGCCAGCCUACACCACAGCCACAGGGACGUAGGAUCUAAGCCAUGUCUGUGACCUACACCACAGCUCACAGCAAUGCUGGAUCCUUAACCCAAUGACUGAGGCCAGGGAUUUCUGGAAUCUGCAUCUUCAUGGAUGCUAGUCAGACUCAUUUCCACUGAGCCACUAUGGGAACUCCAUGGUACUCCCUUUUAAAAAGCAGAGAAACCACAAGAUGUCAUGAUGAUGAACAUCGGAUUCUGCGUGUGGGACCAUCCGUGAGACAAAGCUUACAGAAAGGCUUGCCCUAGCUUAGCCUGCAUUGAUAGAAAUGAGUGUCUGGACCAUCCAGGUCAAAACCCGCUCUUGUCUCCCUAUCCAAAGUAUAAGUUAGUUUCUAGACAUCUUGCUUUAAAGGAGGGAUGCUCCUCCUUGAGCCAAAAAAAAAAAAAAAAAAAAAAAAAAAA